UUUUCUCUUAGUGCAAGAGUUAGCGUCCUUUGUUACCGACAGCCAUUAUGCAACCAUAGCUACCGUCUGUAAAUAGCAGCAGGCCGCGCAGGCACUGUCACAAUAAAGUUCAGGGAUUUAAGGAAAAACAGAGUAGAAACAAAUAACACAGUAUGCCUGGCAGUGCUAUUUCAGCAGCAGGAAGUUCUGCUUCCUCGUCAUCUUCAAGGAGAGCAAAAACACGCAAUUACCGAGUAGUCAGUCACACAUCACAAGUGGACGAGACAUUAUUUGGUGCACCCAACCAUGUGGAACAGAGAAAUCAAAUGUUAAAGGACAAAAUGGAUCAAGGAAUUUCCAUUGAAGAACUAGCUAGAGAAAGAAGUGCAAAGAGAAAAAAUUCAAAGAGGGGAAAAAAUGACAAAGAAACAGUUCAAGUCAUCACAAAGGAUCUUAUAAGAAAUCUAAUUGUCCCUGGAGAGGACCCAUCUGGGAAUUCAAUGAUCCUUCCUCGUCACGAAUUCUACAGAAUUGUUAUGGAGGCUCAAGUCAAAACGAAAGAGCAGAGAGAGGCUGAGGAAGCUAUCAUGAAGCGCCAGAAGGAGGAAAUGAUGGAGGCCAGUCAACAGAGAAAGAAUAUGAUGAAACAAAGGGAUAUGGAGAGAAGAAAGAAUGAGAAGUUAAAUGAUCUGGAAGAAGAAGCAAAAGAGAAUGCUGAACACCUGUUAUCAAAGGCUAAUUCCAUGAGACAGGAGCAGGAGGAUGAGAUUAAACACUUAAAUGAGUUGAUCCUCAAUGCUAAAUGUCAUGCAAUCAGAGAUGCACAGAUCCUGGAGAAGAAACAUAUAAAGGGUGAGAUGAUGGAGGAAGACAAGAGGCUGGAUGUGAUGAUGGAAGUGGACAGGCAAAAUGCCAUCACAAUCCAAGAGGAGAUUGAAAAGAAGAGGAAAGGGGAACGACUCUUGGGAGCUGCAAAACUCCUUGAUCAGAUUCAGGAGAAUGAGCAGGAGAGACUGUUUGAUCUGGAGAGGAAGGACCAGGAAAAUAUCCAGAUGCAAAAAUACAUUGAGAAAAUGAUGGAUGAGGACAAAGUGUCUCUGGAGAAGAAACAUGCCGAGCAGCUGUCACUGCGGGAGGACUUAAAUAAAGCCAAUGAGGAUCUGCUCCGUCGUCGUGAGAUAAAAAAAGAGCAAGAAGUCGCAGAGGAACACAAGGUGGUGGAAUACAUGAAGAAGAAAGCAGAAAGAGAAGCUGCAUUUGAGAAGGAACAAGAGAGAAUCCGAAUUGAAAAGGAGAAAGAAACAGCCAAGCUACGAGCCCUUCAGGAACGAGCCCGUGAUGAGCAGGCUGAACGCGAUGCCCUCCGAGCCAAGCGAGCUCAAGAGCAAGCCGAGAGAGAAUGGAGAAAGAAAGAAGCGGAAGAGGCCGUAAAGAAGACAGAGAUGGAAGUCUCACUCAUACAUGCUCGCUCUCAACAGAUGCAGCAGAAAGAACACUUCCUGGCAGUCCAGGCUCAGAGAGAACGGGCAGAGUUUGAGAGAGUGCUCAGGGCUCAGAAGGAGUUGGUGGAGAAAGAAAAGAGAGAGGAACAGGAAUCCAGAAAGAAGCGUUUAACACAUGCGGACGACGUCAGGAAACAGAUCCGUGACAAGGAGCAGGUCCGCGUUCUGGAGAGGAAUGCAUUCUUUGAGGAGGGUGUUAAGUUAGAUGAGGAGGCACGGGAGAGGCGACAGAAAUUAGAGGAAGUGAAAAAGAAGAAGCUGAGUGAACUGAGAGAUGCAGGCAUUCCAGAGAAAUAUAUAGGUCAUGUUGCUCACAAAGUCAAUGUUGUUGUUGCAUAAGACAAUGCAACAUCAGGUGCGAAAUUGUUGCAGAGAAAAAGCUUUGUUGUUCAGCAGUCUGAGCUAAUUCAUUCAGAAGCACUAUCAGAAUAUUAAACAUAUUAGUUAAAAUAUUCUGAAAGUUGCAAGAACUUUCAACACAAAAUUUUAAUUUUAGAAAAAUGCAAACUUUAAAAAUACAAAUCAAAAACUGAUAACAAGAAUUCAUCAGGAAGUAAGAAUACUCUUUGAGUUGAAAGUUCUGUUCGGUUUGCUGUGUUUUGUGCACACAAGAGAAAUGUCCAUUUGUGUAUGUUAUGUGGUGCCUUGCUGUGUUUCACUAUAUCUACAAAGUCCAAAUACAAUGUGCUUAAACCAGAGUGCUGCUAGUUGUUUGUAAACUAAAAUUCUGUCUUCAAAGUGUUAGGGUUGCUUGCAUAAUCAGAUUUGCAGUUGCAUUAUACAAAGAUGCAAAUGGCAAGGUUAGAAGAUUUUUAAGGUCAUAUUCAGUCUUAAAAAACUAUAUACCAUAAUAUAAAAUAGUACAAAUAUGUAUAUUUUGAAAACAGGGGCUGUGACAAAAUCACUGUUGCAUGAUAAUACACAUAUUGAUGUUAAUAAUACACAUAUCGAUAUCAAUAAUACACAUAUUGAUCUGUUGGUCUAAUUCUGGUUUUCUUAUUUUUGCAGGGCUGCUGGAAUACCAGACAAAUAUUUAUCUCAAGUGGAAAGAAAAGUCAACCAACCACAGCACAUCUGUACUUAACCCUGAUAAUGACUACAACAGAGGAAUGAAAAGCAGGGAAAUCAACUUUUUAUUAUGAGGAGAACUCCUGGCUAGCUGCCAAUGCAUGCUUCAUCUGUGAUAUGUUUGUUUCAAAGUCAUUCAGUAUUCAUCAGUUUUAAAUAUUAGGAAGAUUGAGUUAAAAACAUUAAUGAGACUGAAUGCAUUUAUCUUAUAUUGAGCAACUGUUCUUGUGAAUGUCGUUUUAUUUUUUUUAAUUUGGUUACGUUGAGGAAUGGAUUUGUUAAACAUUACCUGCGGUUGUCUACUUUAAAUAGAUUCUAAUCAUGGCCGACCCAAGAAAUUUUAACUCAGCUACAGAUCAGCAGUGCUACGUAUUGAAUGUCUGCACCUGUAUCAAGUUCUUGUGUGUCACAAUAUUUUUUAAAACUUCAUUCUUGGUCUAACAUGAUUGUCACAUGUAUGACUUGAAUUAUUUGUAAAUAUAUUGUAAAUUAUAUCUAGAUAUACAAAUAAAUUGAUUUAAAUAAAA